AUGAUGACAACUAAUUUUGAAGAAGAGAAUAGAUUGGCAGCCUCAAAACAUUUUUUGAAAAGCUAAGUAUUUUUUUGUAUAAAAUAUUUUAAGAAUUUAAAAAAAAUGUGUAGAAUCAAAGAAGCUUUGAAGGAGGUUAACAACGCCUUAGAUAUUAACCCCGAAUUUGCUGAAGCAUACACUUUGAGAGGUUGAAUACAAUUAAUUAUAUUCUUAGGAGAAUUAUUUAACAGAUUAGAAUUGUAUGAUAAAGGUUUAGAAGAUCUAAACAAGAGUAUAUAAUUAGAUGACAAAUUAAUAGAGNCAUAUUUGUAAUAAUUUAGUUUGAAAAUGUACCUCAUAUUCAUGAGUAACUUUUUCGUUUUAUCUUGUUUAUUCUGCUCUUUUAAAUUUACCCCCCCGAUUCUCUAUCUUAUUAUUGAUGAUUUUGAAUAAUUAAUCACCUUUUUUAGUAAAGCAGCUAAGUUUGUUUUUUGUAGUUCAUUUUAUCUAACCUAAGCGUUAUAAUUCAAUACUGCUAAUUCAAUUUUAGGUAUUUUCAAUUAUUCAUCAAUUUUAAGGGAAUCAAAACAGGUUUUCUAUUUUGUCUCAUCAGUAUUCGAUUGGAUUUAUAAAUUUAUUAGAUUCAUUUUUUUGGCUCAUUUUUCAAAUACUUAGGGGUUUUGGGAAGAUUAAGAUAAAUAAGUAGCUAUUACAAUUUGCAUCGGUGUAGUUGCGUUCUCUCAGAAUUUAUGA